AUUUCCUUCUGCAGAGAUAAAUUGUCACGGUAUUCCGCAGUGCCAAGUGAAAUGUCGUUUAGACAAGAAUUACUUUUGCUCCUUUGUUAUGUCUUCUUGGCGGACGCCUCACAAGUGAGAAUACUAGUAAAUUGUGACCGAAACGGUUUCACCUGUAACACGCUCAAUUCGAAGCGUUUGGUGACGUAUCAAUGUCCAUCCAGUACGCAGGAUGUCAUCGUCCACCUAUGGAAUUUUGGCGAGCCGAGUAACACAGCCUGGCUAGUCAUAAAAAAUUGCGAAACUGUAGAAAUUGACAUGAGCUGCACUUCCUACAGAAGGUCCUUCGAAUCUCUGACGAUACUAAAUGUGACGAAUCUUAAAUUCACCAGGACGACGACCACGGUCAAGAACCCAACGAAAGUUGUGAUCAAGAAUGUCAGAAACAUCAAUUCGAUACCGGAAAAUACGUUUUCUGUGCCUCAUAUGGUGAAAUACAAUGGCGAGACUUCCCAGCACGAGCUCCAAGAAAUCGAAUUCGACCAUGUGCACGUGGGGACAAUAGAAGGACACGCUUUCCACAGUUUACGAGGCUUCAGAAACUUCACCUGGAGAAACGUCAAAGUAGAUCGUUUGCACGCAAACGCAAUCAAGAUCACGUUCAACAUGACCGAAAAGUACGCGGGCGAAUUCAGGAUGGAGAAAAGCGCGGUGGAAAUCUCGGAGUAUCUCAGCUUUCAGAUGUACGUCAAGAAGGCUUCCUUCCUGAACAACGAAUUCGUCGAAAUAAUGCCCGGCGGUAUAAAUGGUACCGUGGAAACUUUCAAUUUCGUCGAUAACGUUGUGAACACUCUACAGUCCGGAUCUAUAUCAAUUUUGUCCAAAACUGUCAACAUUAUCGGCAAUACAUUCAACUACCUGAAAUCCGGAAGCUUGGAGAAGAUAAGCCCAGGUCUGUUGAUCGACUCUCAUACCAGCUUCGGAAACCUCAAUUUCCAGUAUAAAUUCAACAAUAAUAAUGUGAUAUACGUAGACGCUGGAAGCCUGAACCCUGACAUGGUUGCUUACACGAAAGUCGCGACUGAUUUUUUCUUUAGUUACAAUACUUUUCUAUGCACUUGCGAGAAUAUGGGCUGGCUAAUGUCCUCCAUAGGUCACGGUUAUUCAACGAGCAGUUUACAAAAGUUCUACGAGACGAUAACUAAUAGGGAAAACUUGAAUAUUUGCUCUGGUUUAAGCUGUAGAAAAACAAUAGCCGACAUACAGCAAUCUCUAGAAAAUGGUUCAUGUAACCCAAAAUUCACCAUGGAGUAUUUCUGUCAAACUACGACAGUGGCACCAACCACUGAUCCCUCGAAAUAUAGAUCAGAAGAGGUAAUGUGGUUGAAUAGAAGUGAUAUGGUUCAUUCAGGCAGCAAUAACUCUAUAACCAACGUUUUCCUACUACUAUUCACGAGUUUUUACUUCAUUUAUUGUCAGUAUGUUUUCUGAGUGUCCUUCUUCUGUAAUCGAAUACAUUGAAUGACAUUAAUUUGAGAGCCUAUUUGGCCAAAUCAAAUAAUGUCUUUCACUUGACCAACUCAGCAGUUCUUCUUCUAUGUUUGAACAGACUAAGGAGCAUUCGUUGUAUUUAAUAAUUCAAUUCAUUUCUAUGAAACAAACCGAUAAGAAAGUAUUCAUGCCUCUAGUCAAAUACAAUUUGUCAACUAUGUAAUAUUCA